GCCGGAGCUGGGUCCUCCCCCUGGCUCGGUCCUGUCCAGGAUCUCCCAUAGGGCAGCCGCCCCGCUCUCCUGAAAGCCUCCGGCCACCUCUACCCCACAGGAAAGGGUCUGUAAAUCCAUUUAGAGCAAACCAGACGAAACCUCAUUUGCUCUGGCUUGGAGACCAGAAGGAACCAUUGCCUGAGAUUUGCCAACUAAACUUCUAUGCUUGCUUUGACGAGAACAAGUUCUUCAGGUGACUUUUCCUGGUCUCAAAGAAAGCUUGUUACCGUGGAAAAGCAGGAUAAUGGAACAUUUGGAUUUGAAAUUCAGACUUUCAGACUCCAGAGCCAGAACACCUAUUCCUCAGAGAUGUGCACGCUCAUCUGUAAGAUCCAAGAGGACAGCCCAGCACAGUGUGCUGGUCUGCAAACUGGUGAUGUCCUUGCAAAUAUCAAUGGUGUGUGCACGGAAGGCUUUACCCACAAGCAAGUUGUUGACCUGAUCAGAUCGUCAGGAAAUGUGCUAACGAUAGAGACUCUUAAUGGAACAACGAUUCUCAAAAGAACUGAGCUUGAAGCAAAGCUGCAAAAUUUAAAGCAAAACUUGAAGAAAAAAUGGGUGGAGUACCGUUCUCUACAGUUACAGGAACAGCGCUUGCUUCAUGGAGACGCAGCUAACUGCCUAAGUUUGGAAAACAUGGACAUAGAUGAAUCCACUUUGUUUGGAAACCUGCCGGGACCAAGCUCAGCGCUCCUGGACCGGAAUCGCUUAUCCAGUGAGAGUAGCUGUAAGAGCUGGCUGAGCUCCAUGACGAUGGACAGUGAGGAUGGCUACCAGACGUGUAUGUCUGAGGACUCAGCCCGGGGAGGCUUCAGUCGCCAGACAAGCACAGAUGACGAGUGCUUUGUUCCCAAGGAUGGGGAUGAUUUUCUGAAGAGGUCUUCUUCGCGCAGAAACCGGAGCAUUAGUACUACUAGCAGUGGGUCCAUGUCCCCUUUGUGGGAGGGCAACUUAUCAAGCAUGUUUGGGACACUGCCUCGGAAAAAUAGAAGGGGAAGUGUCCGAAAGCAACUUUUGAAAUUCAUCCCUGGCCUUCACCGUGCUGUGGAAGAAGAAGAGAGUCGCUUUUGAGGGAGCACAAAUACAUCUAUACUUAUCUAGAUCAAUUCCAUCCAGCUUAGUGUAAUAAGUACUGAUGAAAUGCAAAACUGACGUCCUACUUCAUGGUAAUAGUGACCUUUAUUUAAAUUUUAUAACUGUUUCGCUUUUUAAAUCAUUUCUCAACUGGAACAGCUCAAGGUCUAAGCAGACAGUAGAAAAACUAAUUAGUGAAAUGGUUAAUAUAACAAAUUAACUCAAGUGCUGCCUUAUUCUAAACUGAGUAAUAUUUAUUUUCUGUAUUAUCUGUAUGAAAAAUUGAGAACUUUUGGAACCAAUGUAAAGAAGGGAGUAGUAAUAACAUUUACAGUUAUUUGGAGAUCUUCCAUAGAUUAAUUGGUAAGUUCCAAUGCUUUAUCUUUGCUUAUAUUCAGUAGCCUCUGGGGAGACUCACUAAGAGUCAUUUUGAAUGUUUCUGUACCAAUCCAUGGAAGCUUAAAAGCAAAGCUGACCAUCGGCCACUUCUCACAUCCAUAGUUUAAAGAGGAGAUAUAAAAUUUAAUAUGAAGGCCUAUACCUUAUAAAAUCCAUGGAAAUAUGCUGAAGACGAGUCCUAAGGAAGAUCAUAAUGUCUUGUUUGUAGGCAGCCUGAAACAUAUGGGUGGAAAUGUCAUUCUUUGUACCUGAUUCAACUUUUAUUCCACCUGAACAUUAAUGAUAAAUCUUUAAUUCUCAAGGUCCUACAGUAUUGUCAAUAGGUUCUUAUUUUUUUUUGUCACAGUGUCUAAUAUUUGAAAACUUAGAGUUAGAAAAAGUCUCCCACAGACUUUUUCACAUUAUUCUUCACUUAUGCUAUAUAUUCCUAAUAGCUAUUGCCUCAGUUUUCUUUUGCCUGUUAACUAUGUUCAUAUAUUUUGCCUAGCUUUCCAAUCACAUUUUUAUUGAGUGCCUGUGAAGGUCCAUGAUUUCUCUGUUCUGGUGACACUGCUGCUCAUUAUCUACAUUCUAGAGCAGAUAAUCUGGACAAAGUAAAAAAUAGUCCUUAUUAAUUUUAAGCUGUCUGUGUGUGUGUGUGUUUGGGAGAAACAGACAGUGGAACUGCUGCAUUUAAGUAAACUGAGUAAGGCAUUAGUUUAUUUUGAGGAGAGCGGGAAAGGAAAUAAAUUUUAAAAAUGAAAAUAUUUCUGAUUGUGAUCUGCUUUCAUUAAUUCUUUGAACUAAGAACCAUCCAGUGGGCUCUGCUUGAGAUUCAUCCAUCCAUAUGAAAGGCAAUACAAGUUUUUCACAGGACAAUGGCACUCCUUUCUGCCAUUGACUCACCACGAAGGGUGCUUCCCAUGUGAUGCUGGCUAUAUAACCCUGUACAUAUACACACAGAAAAGUAGUUGGAAUUUGAAAAAGUUCCCAUGGUCAGCAAUAAAUCUGCAAUUGGAAGCCAUUUCUUCCUAACCCUAGCCUAUUCUGAUUUUAUAAUUUUUUAUUCUUUCACUGGUUCUCUGUAGUUAUCACCAUGGGAUCUAAACAUAUAUAUACACAUUUUUAAAUACUGAAUGGAUCAACAUGUUAUCUUUGGGAACAGUAAACACACAUUAAUAGGACUCCACAAACAAGUUUUAAGAUGUAAACAAAUGAAUGGUUGUACA